AUGGAGCCCUGGCGCCAGUGCGCCCAGUGGCUCAUCCACUGCAAAGUGCUCCCCGCCAACCACCGGGUGACCUGGGACUCUGCCCAAGUGUUCGACCUGGCGCAGACCCUGCGCGAUGGGGUGCUCCUGUGUCAGCUGCUCAACAACCUCCGGGCGCACUCCAUCAACCUCAAGGAGAUCAACCUGCGGCCUCAGAUGUCCCAGUUCCUCUGUUUGAAGAAUAUAAGGACAUUCCUUACCGCCUGUUGUGAGACAUUUGGAAUGAGAAAAAGUGAACUCUUUGAGGCAUUUGACCUGUUCGAUGUUCGUGACUUUGGAAAGGUUAUAGAAACUUUAUCACGACUUUCUCGCUCACCUACAGCAUUGGCCACAGGAAUCAGGCCCUUCCCAACUGAAGAAAGCAUUAAUGACGAGGACAUCUACAAAGCCCUGCCUGAUUUAAUAGAUGAAACACAUGUGGAAGACGAAGAAGGACUCUAUGACUGUGUGUAUGGAGAAGAUGAAGGUGGAGAAGUCUACGAGGACUUGAUGAAAGCAGAGGAAACACAGCAACCUAAAUGUCCAGAAAAUGAUAUCCGUAGUUGCUGCUUAGCAGAAAUUAAGCAGACUGAAGAAAAAUACACAGAAACUUUGGAGUCAAUAGAAAAAUAUUUUAUGGCACCACUAAAAAGGUUUCUCACAGCAAAAGAAUUUGAUUCAGUAUUCAUCAACAUUCCUGAACUUGUAAAAGUUCAUCGGAGUCUUAUGCAAGAGAUUCAUGAUUCUAUUGCAAAUAAAAAUGAUCAGAACUUGUAUCAAGUUUUUAUUAACUACAAGGAAAGGUUGGUUAUUUAUGGACAGUACUGCAGUGGAGUGGAGUCAGCCAUAUCUAGUUUAGACUACAUUUCUAAGACGAAAGAAGAUGUCAAACUGAAAUUAGAGGAAUGUUCCAAAAGAGCAAAUAAUGGGAAGUUCACUCUUCGAGACUUGCUUGUGGUCCCUAUGCAACGUGUCCUAAAGUAUCACCUUCUCCUCCAGGAACUAGUUAAACAUACCACUGAUCCUUUGGAGAAGGCAAAUCUGAAACUGGCUCUUGAUGCAAUGAAGGUAAUAAGCAAAUAUCUUAGUAACUUGUUUUGAAAAGGAGAUAAUGAGACCCUUCGUGAAAUAAGACAGUUUCAGCUAUCUAUAGAAAAUUUGUAUAACCAAACCAGUUUGCUGUUUGGAAGACCCCAGGGUGAUGGUGAAAUUCGAAUCACAACUCUAGACAAGCAUACAAAACAAGAAAGGCAUAUCUUCUUAUUUGAUUUGGCAGUGAUUGUCUGUAAAAGAAAAGGUGAUAACUAUGAAAUGAAGGAAAUAAUAGAUCUUCAGCAGUAUAAAAUAGCCAACAAUCCUACAACUGAUAAAGAAAAUAAGAAGUGGUCUUAUGGCUUCUACCUCAUCCAUACCCAAGGACAAAAUGGGUUAGAAUUUUAUUGCAAAACAAAAGAUUUAAAGAAAAAAUGGCUGGAGCAGUUUGAAAUGGCUUUAUCUAACAUAAGACCAGACUAUGCAGACUCCAAUUUUCAUGAGUUCAAGAUGCAUACCUUCAACAGAGUUACAUCCUGUAAAGUAUGCCAGAUGCUCCUCAGAGGAACAUUUUAUCAAGGCUACUUAUGUUUUAAGUGUGGUGCAAGAGCACACAAAGAAUGUUUGGGAAGGGUAGACAACUGUGGCAGAGUUAAUUCUGCUGAACAAGGGACGCUCAAAACAGCCGAGAAACGGACCAAUGGGCUUGGAAGAACCUCCAGACAUGUGGAUCCAGGAUUACCAAAGAUGCAAGCCAUUAGAAACUACACUGGAUCACCACCCCCAGCUCUUCAUGAAGGACCCCCUCUAUACAUUCAGGCAGGAGACACAGUUGAGCUUCUGAGAGGAGAUGCACAUAGUCUAUUUUGGCAGGGUAGAAAUUUAGCAUCUGGAGAAGUUGGAUUUUUUCCAAGUGACGCUGUCAAGCCUUGCCCAUGUGUGCCCAAACCAGUAGAUUAUUCUUCCCAACCAUGGUAUGCUGGAGCAAUGGAAAGAUUGCAAGCAGAGACUGAACUUAUUAAUAGAGUAAAUAGUACUUAUCUGGUGAGGCACAGGACCAAAGAGUCAGGAGAAUAUGCAAUUAGCAUUAAGUACAAUAAUGAAGCAAAGCACAUCAAGAUUUUAACAAGAGAUGGUUUAUUUCACAUUGCAGAAAAUAGAAAAUUUAAAAGUUUAAUGGAACUUGUGGAAUACUAUAAGCAUCAUUCUCUUAAAGAAGGAUUUAGAACCUUAGACACAACUCUACAGUUUCCGUACAAGGAGCCUGAACAUGCAGCAGGACAAAGGGGUAAUAGAGCAGGCAACUGCUUGUUGAGUCCUAAAGUGCUGGGUAUUGCUAUUGCCCGUUAUGACUUCUGCGCACGAGACAUGCGAGAACUGUCCUUGUUAAAAGGUGAUGUGGUGAAAAUCUACACGAAGAUGAGCGCUAAUGGCUGGUGGAGAGGAGAAGUCAAUGGCCGGGUGGGAUGGUUUCCAUCUACAUACGUGGAAGAGGAUGAAUAAAAAUUCCAACCCGGCAUUACUCCCUGUACCAGAAAUUCAGAGAAGAAAUGAACCGAAGUCUCACAUCAUUAUGAACUAGUUUAAAAAGCUGCAUAUGUAGCUAGUCAACAUCCUCUUCUUCUUCCACUCCUUAGUCUUAAUGCUGGAAUUUCUAAAGAUGCAGGUAUUGACAGAUUAAUGGGUUGCCUCAAGCUAUACAAGAAACAGCCUGCCAGUCUGUCAUUGUCAGGGACCAGGCAAAAGCCAAGAGCUUUUCUUCUCCAAAGAGCCCUACAAACACAUUGGUUUGUUUCUUUUUUCUUUUUUUAUUCCAUCAGACACAAUGAAUGCCAGCCAUUAAUAAAUGCUUAACACAUAUCUACUUUCUUCUCCUGUGCCAUUCACCAGGAUUUUUAAUGGUUCAAAGAACAGACGUUUAAUUUUGCUUUUCCCAGCAUGAAGGAAAUAAGCAUUCUGCCAUUUGGGUAGCUUACUGGUCCUGCAUUACUUGUCUUCAAUUGCUUCCCAAGGUGACUUAUUGCCUGGGAAACAGUUUUACCCCCAGAUGUUCCUCAUAAUAUAAGUUAAGAGGCAAAUGUUCAGGUUUGCUUCAUAAGUGAUAUAUCCCGGAGGGCUUUUAAUUAUUCAUCUGAUAUCCUAAUUAUAUUCCCAUAUUUCUUUAUACAAAGAAAAAACACAUAAAAGAGAGCAUAUUCCUAUUAAAUCUUCACCACCUUUCUGAUUCCAUAGAUUUAUUUUGAAACAGUUCUUCACUUGAAGCCAUCUUUGCCUACUGUAUUGUAGGUAUUUGCAAAUGAUCUAAGGUUGUAUUGUUUACAGAAACAGAUCAAGGGCUAUAAUUUAGAAUGAGUUGUUUUAAAGAAACAAUAUCCAUUAACUCAUGCCUUUCCCCUUUACCUCCCACCCCCCAAAAAAAAAGCUCUGGGACAUAUUUGCUGGUUCUCACAUUGUUUCAGGAGUCUACACAGUCACACUUUGUAGAGGACUUGGAAGGAGAGCAUAGUUGGCACACAGGAGUCACUGAACAUUUCUAAUCCUCUUCACUCGGGGGUUGUAGUUUCUUACUGAGCUUCUUUCCAUGUGCAAGACUCUUUGGGUGGACAUAAACUGGUGUCAGAUAAGCACUGUGGUGCAUUGAUUUGACCAAGUUUUCACUUUUUUAUGUGAAUUGUCUAAACAUGCUCUUCCUGGAAUUUGCAGAUUUCCUAGUCAAGAUAGUCAAGCUAAGACACUAACUUGGCCCUUUCCUCAUAACAUAUUUUCUUCAUCAAAACAGUCAUGUUCUGACAAGAAUCAGAGCUUUUCAUGUUUAACAGGGGAAAACACGAAAGCAUUAAAAUAAAAUCAGUUUGAUUCAUCCUAGCUGAAAACAUGCAGCUCUAAAAUGUUGGAUUAUCUCUGAAAUGAAGUGCGUGUGUCCUGCCCUGCCCUUUCUCCGUCUCUGUGACAGAAUUUGACAUUCUGAGGAUACACAUGUCUGCUCCUUUCAAGACUCUGUUGGGCUAGGACUUCUUAAAUAAGAUAGACCCAGCACCUUUACCUCAUUAUGCUGUAAACUGUGAUUGUGUUUUAGAAAAAUCAUUAUUUGCUAAAAUGAGUAAAUUUUUUGUAUAUGUGUAAAUGAUCAUGAAAAAUAAUUUUAUAAGAUAUGCUGUACAUAUUAAAGAGUAUCUUUAAUGGGUACUCUUGGAGUAGAUCCUUUCCUAUAAAGUCUUAUCUGCCACUCUGAGGAAUGUUUUGUCUAUUAGUGUCAGCCAAAUUGUUGUCAUGAAGAGUAUAAUUUCACACAAACUUGAAACACUCCUAUGUACAAUAUUGUAGCUUUUCUGUUCUUUCCAUUAUAAUUUUAGCUAAUAGAGUCUUUCCAUUACAAAUGUUUUUGAUGUGGCCAGAGAGAUAGUACAGUAGGUAGGGUGUUUGCCUUGCACAUGGCAGACCCAAGUUCUGUCCCUGGUACCCCAGAUGGCCUCCCAUGUACUCCAGGUAUAAUUCCUGACUGCAGAGGCAGGAACCCCGGAGCACUGUGGGUAUGGCCCCCAAACCAUUUUUUAAUGGUGUUUUGGUCUUCCUGUUGCAUUUCAUGGACCUGUGGUAUUCUCAGCAGAGAAUAUUUGAGCCCCUUUCAUGUCAUUACCAGUUACAACUUUGUCUGUUUAGUUCUUUGUACUGGCGACUUCAAAUGCUGCGAAUUUGUGUAGAUUUCUAAUACCAAAGACAGAAGUAAAUGUUUUUCCAUAGACUUUGUCUUGCUGAUAUGAAGCCCCUGUGUAAUAUAGUGAAUUAGAAUGGUAUUUACUUUGUAAUAUUUUGUAAAUAUGUCAAUAAAAUAGUUACUACUUACAAUAAA